AUGUCUAGCACGAGUUCGCGUCGUUCUACCAGGCAUCGCGCCACUACCUCACAAGCUGAACCAACAUCGGCAGAUUUAUUUACCCAGCCAACACCACAGAGAGAUGUCGAAAUGAGUGAACCGGGUAGCAGUGGGACGCGACCAUCUCGUCGAGCUGCUGUUGCAGAAGAACAGUCUGAUGCCCUUAUAAUAAAGCACGCUCGAAAAUGCUUAGGCUUUUACAACCUUACUGACUGCCAUUUUUUCUUAAAGGAUCUUCGGUCCGGCUUAAGAACUUCAGAUGUCGAGCCAGGAAGUCCGCUCUCGUACAGUGACAUGACUAGUGCCAGUGGAAGUCAUGUUGGUGACGUCCUAAGUUCGGUUCGCCCAGGUGUAAAUGAAGAAGGGACGAUGCGGCCUCACGUUCCAACCUCUGGACCAAUGGCACCUCUCACGGGUGAUGUGGGAACAACGGACGUUUCCAGUGAGGGCGCCGCUCAAACUGUUAUCUGGGGCACAAAUGUGAACAUUGCUCAAGUGAUGGAUCGUUUUAAGCGCUUCCUCCUCACUUUCAUUCCAACUGAUUGGGAAGGUCAACCAGGUCUUACAACUGGCACCCCCCUAGAUCUUUCACGCCCUCUCUACGUACAACGCAUGGAAGACAUGGCUGCGUCUGGUGGCACAACUUUGGACAUCGACUGUGAACACUUGCGUCAAGCACAACCCGAACUGUGUAACCAACUGAUUACUUUCCCCAAGGAGGUCAUUCCUGCGUGCGACGCGGCACUUCAUGCCCUCUUCAUCGACAGAUUCAGAGAUGCGCGGCCUGAUCGACCAUUACAGACGCGACCUUUCAACAGCGAUAAGACAAGAUCCCUGCGCCAUCUUAACCCCGAAGAUCUCGACCAAUUGGUAUCUGUGAGUGGGCUGGUUAUACGCCUCUCUGGCCUCAUCCCUGAGAUGAUGCGUGCCGAGUUCAAGUGCGCUGUUUGCGGCGCAAUGGCAAGUGUAGUCUGUGAACGCGGUCGCGUCGCGGAGCCGGAUGCUUGCAGCAGAUGUAAUUCUGCCCACACGGCCCAGCUCCAGCACAAUCGGUGUCUCUUUGUUGACAAACAACUCGUCAAGCUUCAGGAAGCACCUGAAGACAUGCCGGCAAGCCAAACUCCGCACACCGUCGCCUUGUACGCGCACGAGGAUCUUGUUGAUAAGGUCAGACCGGGCGAUCGUAUCUGCGUUACUGGCAUCUACAGAGCCGUCCCAUUGCGUCUCUCAACACGUCAGCGUUCAUUGAAAGCGGUGUACAAAACGUAUAUUGACGUUCUGCAUUUCCGGCGGCAACUCGCGAGUCGCAUGUUCGCUGACGACAGCGAUGAGACCGAGGCGGGCUCAGAUGCGCCUCCGGAUGUACUGCGGCACCUCACAGAGGAGCGUCAGGCGCAGAUUAUAAGCCUAUCAAAGAAGCCUGAUCUCUACGAACGCUUGUCUGCCGCUAUCGCGCCGAGCAUCUAUGAAAAUGAGGACGUUAAGAAGGGGAUACUGCUUCAACUUUUCGGUGGAACUCGCAAGGACUUUACGGCCAAGGGUCGAGGCAAUUUCCGUGCUGACAUCAACAUCCUGCUCUGCGGUGACCCCGGCACCUCCAAGUCGCAGCUGCUGCAGUACGUCUUCCACGUAUCGCCCCGUGGUCAGUUCACCUCGGGCAAGGGCAGUUCUGCUGUCGGUCUGACCGCCUACGUCACCAAGGACCCGGAAACCGGCCAAAUCGCCCUGCAGACUGGUGCUCUGGGUAAGCUGACGAGCUUUUUUUCUUUCUUGCUCUGA